AUGCCUUUGGCCGGGCCUUGUAAGUGGAGCUCUGGAGCUUCAAACCAGGAUCCUGCCGUUGCUGAUGUUGUCAUGUCGUCCCAGAGGAAAACGAGAGGCACGAGAGCCUGUCUCGCCUGUAUCGAGAGCUUCUUCAACCCCACUUCCUGCAGCAGCUUGAUGCAGCCCGGCCAUCUGUCCGCAAUGCAAAGUGCAGCUCUGCAUCCGAGGUAUCCAUCUUCAUCGACUAUCCAUCCAAACGUAUCCGUGGGUACUGCACAGUUUCUGCAUCGAGCUCGCAUACGCGCAUCAGCUAUGCAGCACAUCUGCAGCCCGCCGCGCGGUAGUGUGCUCUCGCCGCUGAUGUUGGCGUCGCCAUUGAUCGCAGGGCAAACUGCCAUUCGCCCGUCUGUUCGCCAGCCAGUCAAGCCAGGUCAGCCAAGACCCAGGCCUAGACCAGCUGGAUGGAUCACUAUCAGGGAGUCGACAUGGACAACCGGGGCAAGACUCGAACUCUGUUGCUCUGUCAGAACGGUCGUUGUCAGUCGUCAUCUCGGUGCAUCGCCUGGUCCGGGUUUGGUGUCUGCUAAUAUUCCGAGCUUCAGCCCCAGCCCCAGCCCCAGACCCAGCUCCAGGCUGAGCUUGAAGCUUCAGCAGAGCUCUAACAAAGCUCUCUUUCUGUGUGUCUCUUUUCUUCCCAAGCUCCCGAGCUAUUACCACGCACCAAGCUCCAUCUGUGCUUACAGUGUAUCCACUUGCCUUCCGAAACAGGAUGCUCUCGAGCCAAUUGCAACGCCAAAUCGGUGUGAACAAGAGGCUCUGGCAGGUCCAAACUGUUUAUUCGAGGACCGCGGUCGGUUUGAAGUUUGGGUUGCACGGGACGAUGUGGCAGUGAUAAGCAAUCCUGAGGUUCCCAGGUAG